AUGGCGCCGCUCUGGGGGGUGCUGGUAGUCGCCCUGGCCGCUGCCGUAUCCAGGACUGUCCCCGCCGCCGCCUCCCCCUCGCUGUCCCGCAAUGUCUCCGUGCUGCUGGAGCCCGGCUCGGAGCGGCUCCGCGUCCUGCCCGGCCGCCACCCCGCCGCCGUUGCCUGGGCCAGCCUGGAUGACCGCAUCCACACCGUCGGCUGGGCCUUCCUGGAGGUGACCACCAAUGCCUCGUACAAUGACAGCCUGCAAGCCUACGCUGCUGGGCUUGCUGAGGCCGCCGUCUCUGAGCAGCUGAUGUACAUGCACUGGAUGAACACCAUGGUGGGCUACUGUGGCCCCUUCAAGUACCAGAGCGAGUACUGUGAGAAGCUGCGGAGCUAUCUGGAGGCCAACCUGGGCUGGAUGGAGGAGCAGAUGGGGAAGGGGCAGGAUCCUGAGUACUGGCAUCAGGUGCACCUGGCCCUGCUGCAGCUGAAGGGGCUGGAGGACAGCUACAACGGGCACCUGGACUUCCCACAGGGCAGGUUCACCUUGUCACCCUUUGGCUUCCUCCUGCUGCAACUGGGGGGUGACCUGGAGGACCUGGAGUCUGCUCUGAACCGCUCCUCCUCACACCGUGUCCUGGGCUCAGGCUCCUGCUCUGCCCUCCUGAAGCUGCUGCCAGGCCACCAGGAUCUCCUGGUGGCUCACGACACCUGGGCCUCCUACCAGUCCAUGCUGCGCAUCAUCAAGAAGUACACACUGCCCUUCCGUGUCUCGGCCCACGGCAGUUCUCAGAUCCCUGGCAGCAUCCAAGUGUUUUCCUCCUACCCUGGCACCAUCUUCUCCGAGGAUGACUUCUAUAUCCUCAGCAGUGGGUUGGUAGCUCUGGAAACCACCAUUGGGAACAACAACCCAGCACUGUGGAAGUACCUGGAGCCUCAGGGCAGUGUCCUGGAGUGGCUGAGGAACAUCGUGGCCAACCGGCUGGCCCGCAGCGGUCCCGAGUGGGCUGCCAUCUUCCGGCGCUUCAACAGCGGCACGUACAACAACCAGUGGAUGGUGGUGGACUACAAGGCCUUCACACCAGGGAGAGCGGAUCCACCACAGGGCUUGCUGACUGUGCUGGAGCAGAUCCCGGGCCUGGUGAUGGUGGCCGAUCAGACGGAGCUGCUGUACCAGCAGGGCUACUGGGCCAGCUACAACCUGCCGUUCUACGAGGAGAUCUUCAACGCCAGUGGGACCCCAGAGCUGGUGAAGAAAUACGGUGACUGGUUCACCUACGACAAGAACCCGCGCGCCCAGAUCUUCCGACGGAACCAGACCCUGGUCCGUGACCUGGACUCCAUGAUCCAUCUGAUGAGGUCAAACAACUAUCUGCAGGACCCACUGUCACGCUGCAGGGGCUGUGACCCCCCCCAGAAUGCUGAGAAUGCCAUCUCUGCCCGCUCCGACCUCAACCCCUCCAACGGCACCUACCCCUUCCCCGCCCUGCGCCAGCGCUGCCAUGGUGGCACCGACAUGAAGGUCACCUCCUCGGGCAUGGUGCCCACCUUCGGGCUGGUGGCUGCCAGCGGUCCUGCCUGGGAUGAUGUGCCCCCCUUCCGCUGGAGCACGUCACCCUGCAGCACCCUGCUGCACAUGGGGCACCCUGACCUCUGGACCUUCCCCCCCAUCAAGGUCCACUGGGACUGAGCAGCUGCCACCGGGGCUAAACCCCUCUGUGGGUGUCUGUCCCAUGUGAGGAACCCUUCUAGGGGGACA